AUGUAGGACAUUCCAGUCUGAGACUGGAGAAGACUGCGAGGGCUUUGAAGGAGUUAAACGAGGACCGUCGAGGCUUCAAGCCCAGCGCUGAUCAGCACUCAGUGAUGCAGGAGGAGGAGGAAGAGGAAGGAGGAGCGAAAAGACCAGCUGAGCCUUUCUGCUUUCAGUCUCUCGUCAGCGAGUGCCAGAGCAGUUCCCUUUGCUGUGCUUCUCUGAGACACACACACACACACACCAGAACGCUCUUCAUUGCUGGUUGGGGGAGAGUGCUAAAUCCCUUUCUCUCUCUCCGCCUGGAUCAUGCUGCCCUGGAAAAGGAGUAAGUUUGUGCUUGUGGAGAAUGAGUCCAAAAGCAAGCCAAAAAGUCUUGGAGCCGGGCUCACCUACCAUUCCCUGCUGUCGACUUUGCUCCACUCCUGUCCGGACCUCGUUCCCGAUUGCCCGUUCCAGUGGCUGGGGAGCGUCUUCCACAGUAAACGGCAGAAAGUGGAGCUCAAUAAAGAGGAACCCACUUACAAGGUGCGUUACCUGGGCAGCGCGGUCACCAUCAUGGCUAAAGGGGACGACUGCACGCAGGAGGCGGUGGCCAAGAUUUGGACUCGCAGCAACUACGGCGAACAGAGUGCCAAGAUGAAGCUCACUGUCGGGCCGCAUGGCAUCCGCUUGGGGGCGGAUAGAGGUGGCAAAAAGAAGCCCGUCCACCUCUAUUCCCUGAACCGCAUCACAUACUGCGCAGCUGACCCCUUUCGGCCCAAGAUUUUCGCUUGGAUUUACAGGCAUCAGGUGAAGAAUAAAGCAGUGGUGCUACGCUGCCAUGCCGUCCUGUUGCCGAAGGCGGAAAAGGCCAGAGCGAUAGCGCUCAGCUUGUACCAAAACUCAACGUCCGCAUUCACGGAGUUCAAGCGGCUGAAGCGCCAAUCUGACUUCCGCCAUUGCCAGCAGCAGCUGCUGGGUGAAGACAUUGUGCCUCUUAUGCCGAUUCGGAGACUCCUAAAUGGCCAAUGCCACUACCAGCCACCUACAGAAAAGCCUGGGAGUGCCACACGGCUCUCCUCGAUUACUGAGGAAGAGGAGGAGGAGGAGGACCGACAGGGGGAUGCGCAAUCCGACAGCACCGGCACAUCCAGUCCCCUUCCGGAGAAAGACCUGGGGAAGAUCGUAAAUAGACUGGACGAGGUUUCGAUUACCAGCUGGGAUGAAGCACAGAUGACUAUCAGCACUCUGGUGUGAGGUCACAUGGAUACAGUUUAGCGUCUUCACCACUGAGCCUCUGUCCUGUCGCCUUUCCUGCCAACCCUGUCUUGUCUGGUACGUCCAUCGAUGCACCGUGAACCAGCCCUCUGAAACUUGGGGACUGUUGGCACCCACGAUGCUGCUUGCAGAGGAACUGUUCCAAGAGAUACAUGGAGAGGGAGAGCCAGUUCAAGCACAAUACAAGGAGGACCACAGGUACACCAAUCCUUCGGCGUUGGUCGAGAGCUUACACCAAAAAGCCUUUAUCCACCCCCGACAUCAAAGCACCCGAAGACAAUAAAGCAUUCAUCUCGUACUCACACCACCUUGUUUUUUGUUUUUUUGAGUACAUGCCAAGUGCUGACGGAUUAUUAGAAGGAACAUUAAAAUGUGACUUUUUGUACAGCCAGUCUGUCUUUUGAUGUUUGGAACUGUCCCCCGGUGACCUCUCUCAACAGGCUCCGCUUCAAUGGGAUGCGGUUAAAGCUGGUUUAUUGGCACUGGGAGCUGCACUAAUGAAUUAAACCAUAACUUAGGAAUUGAGUCGUUGACUUGACAUGUUUACUGCUACCAUUCGUCACAGCUCUGCUAAUCAGUAAUGAAUAACAAGUGGAGGCAUCACCUGUGAUGUUUAAGAUGGGCCUUUUAAAAUGUUUUUAAACGGUAUCAAUUUUACACUGUGAUUUGUCUGGGACCAAUGGCAGCCAUUCAUCUUGUGUUUAUAGAAACGCUAUAGCUAUUGUAAUUUAUGCUGAAUUUGUGUUGGUGUAAUCUGUUCGUCAUAAAAACUCAUUUUUAUGCUGUUCACAUGAAGGUCGCAGCUUCCAUCUGUCAAAGCUAUGUGUUUUGUAAUUUCAUUGCACUGGAAACUGGGGAAAACCGUCAAACAUUUUUCUACUACUUCCAUCUUUUUCUGCACAAUGGGACACUGUCGGUGUGAAAAAUCGCCAGAUGUUGCAUAAUAAAAUGUUUGCUUAUAUUAAUCAUGAAUUCUUAGAGCCCCAGAUUUCCAUUUGUUUCAUCUCGGGAUGAUCGGAUUGAGUUUGUUUGAAGGAUUUGAAAAUACAAACUGCUGAUUUUCAGGCUGUAUUUCAAAAGAUCAUUUCUUGCUUAAAUAAAUAUUUAAUUCUUAUAUAAGGAAAAAAAAAUGUCCAUUGGCAUCAUGUGAGUGGGCUGGGAAAGGAACUGAUUUCAUCUGUUGCUGAGGGGCAUUUAGCUUUUCCCUCAAAGUGGGCCAAUUAAUCAGCCGAUUGAAUUGUUGAGAAUGUGAGCAUAAAACACCUGGGCAGGCAGCGCAGAGCUUUCAGCUUGACAUGAAAUCUGCCAGAAGAGGCUUCAACAGCCUCUCAGCGCAUAGUUGAUUAAAUCGGACAAAAGGACAAGCACAUAAAUAAGCAAAACUCCAUAAGAUUUUGCAUCCAAUUCACCAUAACAAGAUCUGCUUUCUAAAGUGCAGUUGAAAAAGGUUUCAUUAGUGGUGCUCGCUAGGGCAAAUAUUGCUAUUGCUUCGGUUUAGGCAACAAGGGUUAUGUGGAUGAUUUUUUUUCUCAAAUCGUGUCACUUGAGGAGAGAUGUAUACUUUCUAAGUAAUUACCUGCAAUUCUCGAUAUUAAAGGAGGAACCCAAGCCAUA